GCACAACACAGCCUCGCCCCCCUUGCCGGACCCUGCUUGUCAUGUCUCCCUGACUUGCAUAUCACCCUUCCUAACCCUAGACCCUUCUGGAAGUAUCAGGGGCGCGCAGGGAGGAGAUAAAUAAGGGUGAUAAGCCUGCAGGGGCCAUUAAUUGUGAGAAAAGGAAGGCAGGAGGAAGUGUUUAGUGUGAUAAAGAAGAAGAAGAAGAAGAAGAAGAAGAAGAAGAAGAAAGAAGAGGAGGAGGAAGAGAAAUAAACACUGAAUUAAAAGAAAAAAAAAAAAAAGAAGGAAAGAAAACGGGGGAGAAGAACAAAACAAAACUAAAUAAUAACAAAAAAAAGAAAAAAAGAACAAAGAAGAGAAAAAAGAUAAACAGAAAAUAAACAAAAGAACAUCAAAAUAAAAUAAAAACGAAAGUAAAAAACAAUAAAAAAAGAGAGAGAGAGAGGGAAACAAAAAGGAAAACAAAGGAAGUAAUCAAUCCAGCAUCCUCUCCACUCAUCUCCACCGAUCUCCACCAUCAUCUCCUCCACCCCCAAACCAACAUGGCCGCCGUACGUGUGGCUGACAGACAGUCCUUCUACGACGAACAGGAAAGGCGCGCCAUGAACGGGGAAGAUGAUAUUGGGUACCAGGUGGAGCUGUUUGUAUAUGACUUAAGUAAAGGAAUAGCCAAAACCAUGUCGCCCGCGUUAUUAGGUAAAGAGAUAGAGGGCAUUUGGCACACGGGCGUGGUGGCGUACGGGCGAGAAUACUUCUUCGGGUCCGGAGGAAUUGAGUCUUGCCGUCCGGGCGGCACCAUCCUUGGGGAUCCGGACAGGGUAGAGGAACUUGGCGAGUCCCAGGUGCCCUAUCAACUGUUCCUGGAGUACAUAUUUGGCUUGGGAGAGGCUACCUAUAAGCCUGGCACUUACGAUCUGUUCAAACACAACUGUAACAACUUCUCCGACGAGGUGAGUCAGUUCCUGUGUGGGCGAGGCAUCCCUAAACACAUCUUGCAACUUCCUGACGAGGUCCUCAACACACCACUCGGCGAGACCCUGAGCUCCGUAGUGAAGGAUCUGGACAUCAAGUCAUCGGGGUCAAGGAAGAUAAAUUUCGCUAACUACAACAACAACGUUCACACAUUUGUCCCGGGGGAAUACGGCAGGCAGCGACAGCAGCAGCAGCAGCAGCACCAGGGCAGGAGUGACUCACCUGACCUUGAGUUGGAGAGGUUGAAUCAAGCCAUCGAUCAAGUCAGACAAAACACACUGCGCCUGGAGGACCGCAGGAACUCCAUCAACGAGAAGGUAAACAAACACGACAAGAAGAAGAAGGAGAAGCGAGAGAAGAGAGAUAAAAAGGAGAAAAAAGAAAAGAAGAAGAAAAAGAAGUCUCGGUCCACUUGUGACGUGCCAGAGGGUGUGAACGGGGACCCCACGACCUCCACCUCCACCUCCACCCCCUCCACCAACCCCAAACCUCCUCUUUCCAAGCCCCCUCUCCCCCCAGCCACCCCUCCCAGCACCACAAGGGAGGAACAAGGAAGUCGAUCUCAAACUCCCUCGAAAAUCCAAGUUCCUGAGGUCACUGUCACCCCAGCGAAGGAAGGAGGAGGAGGAGGAGGAAGAGAAGGAGGAGGAGGUGGAACAGAGGUAGAGAAGGAAGAGAGGAAGUCACCGCAGCCUGCCACAGACCCACAGACGCUGCCACAGACCACAGAGGGGGAGACAAGUUCACAGAUUGCCACAGACGAGAAAACAGCGGUAAUAGAUACAAAUUCAGACAGUCAGGCGUCUUCACAGCCAAACACAGACGCACAGACAGACGCACACCCAAGCACAGACGCUAGCAAAGCCCCACAGCCUAGCACAGACAUACCCGCACAGACAGAAGACACAGCCACAGAGACAAACGAAGCUUCACAGGGCAACACAGACACACAGACAGACUCACAGACCACCACAGAGUCUGCCACACCUUCACAGACCACCACAGACUCUGCCACGCCCUCACAGACCACAGACGCAACACAGUCCACAUCUACCCCGCAAACCGAUACAAUAUCUCCACAACAGUCCACCACAGACGCACCAGCAUCUCCACAGCCUUCCACAGACGCACCAGCACCUCCACAGCCUUCCACAGACACACCAGCACCUCCACAGACCACCACAGCACCCUCAAACGGACACACGAACGCACUCACACCUCUAGAAUCAAUUGAAGAGGAACAGGCAGCGCAAGAGGUUGAAAGAGAGGAGGUGGAAGAGAACAGGAUGGCUGAUCAAGAGAUUCCAGAGGUGGUGGAGGGAGUGGAAGGAGUGGAGCCUGAACCAGAACCUCAAGGCACCUCUCCACCUCCACCUGCGGAGCCAGAAGUGGAGAGGGAACCGCCAAUAACCUUCCGUGAUUAUUUAGAUGCUAGAGAAGAGUUCGAGUGCCUGGUGGGGGUUCUCGGAAACAUGCUAACGCCAGAGGAACAAGCCCACCUUGAGGAACUACGUGCUUAUGUACUUGAUGACGAGGGCUCCUGGGCACUUGGGGAGAAUUUUAGCAGUCUCCUUGGCAGAGUUUUUCACGAUGGUAAUGUCCCAGACGAGGCGCGGGUGCAUCUGGUGAGGGUAAUGGCCGCCGCUGCACUUAAAGAUGAUGUCAUUUUGUUGCUUCACCAGGACAGACGCGACCAUACCAUUAUGAAUUAUGCGAAUAGGGUUGAAUUUUUAAGCCCUGAUCAGCAAGAGGCCCUCGCGCUGUUUUUCUGCAACAUGUUUGAACACGUGAGCCCGUCUGAGUGGCUUCUGUACAUCUCGGAGUGGCAGGAUGGCAGCCAGGCCACCUCCAACAUCCGGGUCACCACCAAGAUUGCUGUCAACGCCCUGCUCAACACCAAUCCCAAGUGCCAGGAGUACGGGUCAGCCAUCAUGUACAACCUUGGCACAAAGGAGGUGAAGACCGUGGUAUUUGAUGACGUGGCCCCUGAGCUGGCCAUGGCCAUCCUGCAGUUCUUCAGCACACACCCGCCUGAGGAGCUGCUGUGGAGAACUAUGGCUGCCCUCUGUAGGUUCACAUAUUCCUCCACUGAAGUUCCUGCGCUUAUUAAGAUGAUCGGACCGGAGCCCUCCACUUUCCGGGGCGCCAGUGAACGAGUGGAUGCUCUGGUGGAGGAGAUAGACGCUAAAUUGAGUCGUGUUAGGGCCUUUUGAGACACGCACACACACAUGCACACACAUAUACACACACACACAUAUAUAAAGCUAAUAUUUUGUAAGGAUUUGUUAUUUUCUACGGCUUUUUUUGCAGUUUGAUAUGAAAAGGAUUUAAUUUUUAUCUUUUUUUUGUUUUGUUGUUAGAGAGAGAGAGAGAGAGAGAGGGGGGGGUUAGGAGGAAGAGGAGGUUGUCUCUCUCUCUCUCUCUCUCUCUCUCUCUCUCUCUCUCUCUCUCUUUCUCUUCUCUAGUUCCCAGCUUUGCAUACCACCACCACCACCACCACAGCCUCGAUAAAUAUUAAUAGUAUGUAUCUCAAAAUUCUGUGUCGUUUUGCUAUGUGGGUUUCUAUAAAUGAUAAUUAUAUACUCAAAUAAACCUGAGAAAAAUUAUGAGGUUCAAAAUUUUGCUUCUAACCCCCAAAAAAUUAUUAGGAUUUUGUUGAGAAAGUGAUGGUUUAAAAUUUUGUUUCUAAUCUCCCAAAAAAUAUGACGAUUUUGUUUGUUUUAUUAAUAGAAUGAGAGAAUUACUUGUUAAGGGGAUUACAAGUAGGUAAUUAGUGUUUAUUUGAUUAUACGUAUUAUUUUCAUCAGAAUUAUAUAGCUAAAUGUGAAGGUAGUUAUUAAAGGUGUAUAUAGAUAAGUUAUUAAGAAGUUAUAUAGAAGUUAUUAAGAGUUAUAGAAGUUAUUAGAAUUACAUAAAUAUAACAAUGUAAAGGUAAUUAUUCAAGUUAUAUAGAGAAGUUAUUAAGUUAUAUGGAAGUUAUUACAAAUUAUAUAUAAAAGUUGAAAUUAAUAUAUGAAAAAAAUUAUUCUCUCGUCAUUCUAUUAAAUAAAUCUCAACAAAAACGGUGAAUAUUAUCAAAUCAUUCAAUUUAUAUUCUUGUGUUAAAAAUUAUGGCUGAAUAUUGUUACUACGUCCUGCUUGGCUUACGAUCAUUUACUGUUUAUUCCUGCUCGUCUUUUCAAAAUCAACAAUAUUUAUGUUAAUCUGGAAAAAAUAUAUAUAUAUAUAUAUACUUGUAAACUCAAAAAAUGCUGACCUCACACACACACACACACACCCACACACAAUUAUCUCGAUACAAACACACGCAGUCUUGACGUAAACACACACACACACACACACACACUUAAUAAACACACAUUUUAACACACAAACACAGGACAAACUAAACUAUAAAUAAAUAAAUAAAUAAAAAAAAGAUGUAUACAGUUUUUAGCAUUAAUAUUUCUGCUUUCUCACUGCCAGCACACACACACACACACACACACACACACAUGCCAGUCUCCUAUAUCAUCAGCUCAGUGGAUCCCAAACAAGCCUAGUGAAGUUAAAGGUACAUGCGUAAUAUUAAUAUAAACUUGUUGGCAACUUUACGUAAUCCUGGCUUUCUUGUGGCUUAUCCUCCUCUUGCUCAAAUGUUCCUGUGUGGGGGAUUGGUUGAUUUUAUUGAUUUAUUUUUCGUUUGUAACUUGAAAAUAACUUGAUUAAUUUAUGUGAGUAAUGAUAGGUCUUAAUAAUUUCUUCUGUUUUUUUUUUUUUAAUGUUAUUUGAAAAUAUUUGUGAUUUAUUUUUUUUUUCGAGUACGUCAAAAAAUAUUUACGUAACUUUAUUUAUUUUUUGUUAAAAUAAAGAAAAUAUUUACAUAAUAAUAUUUGUUACGUGAAAAUAUUUGCGAUUUCACGUAACAAAAAUAUUUAUAUACAUCUUUUUUUAUGUUUAAGAGAAUAUUUAAAUACAACAAUAAUCGUAAUGGUCUUAAAUGUUGAUUUUUCACUUGUGAUUUAAAAUAUUUACGCAAGAUAAUGACACCAACUAUCUUAAUCAAAAAUAAUUCCAAUAACAAUAAUAAUAAUAAUUUUUUUCCGUUUAUAACACUCAAAAAAAUAAUUACACAAAAUAACAACAGUGUAAGCGUUUUCACUUGACUCAUAACUCAGAAAUAACGAAUAACUGACAAAAUAUACGUAACUUUUUCAUUAAUCACUGCUAAUGAGGUCUUUCGUGCACGUUAACAAAUAUGAGAUGGUCAUUUGUUUUUCUUUCAUUUAUAAUCCAAAAACUACAAAAUAAUCUAUAAACUACGUAAUAUUUUUUCUUUCAUUUAUAAUCCAAAAAACUACAAAAUAAUCUAUAAACUACGUAAUAUUUUUCCUUUCAUUUAUAAUCCAAAACUACAAAAUAAUCUGUUAACUACGUAAUAUUUUUUCUUUCAUUUAUAAUCCAAAACAAAAUAACUCAUAAACAUACGUAACUAAAUAACGUAACCAACACUUCCUUUUGAUAGCUUUACGAAUAUAGCACUGUCUUCACUUCCUUUUACGUCUAACCCAAGAAUACUGACACAUUAAAUAACAGUCAAUAUUUCUGGGACGCGAAACACUCAUUAAGACUCGUACGCCUAAUUAUUUGUAUAUAUGGCUUUGUAAACACCCUUUUCCGUACAGCAACACUUGUAUGUGAAAUAAUUGUGGUUUUAACUCUUUCACUGUGAUUAAGCACCUCAUAUUUAGGGAACCGGUGCCUCAGUGGGCUUUUUAAUUAUUUAUCUAUUUAUUUUAUUAAGAUUUUUGUUGCCCUUAGCUGGUAUCCCUUCUAUGUGAAAAUAAAUAAAUAAAUAAAUAAACUCUUCAGGUAACAGAAUCUUAACGAACAGCGAUACAAAAGAAAGAAGUUAAUUAAAGAUAGAUUUAAUUAUUUCUUUUAGCUAAUAUAAUGUACGUGAGAAGGAAAAAAGUUAACUAAGGAUAUAGAUUUAAUUAUCUUUCAGCUAAUAUAAUGUACGUAAAAGAAUGAAAAAGUUAACUAAGGAUAGAUUUAAUGAUUUUUUAGCUAAUAUAAUGUAAAUAGCAAUACUUCAAUGGCUGGUAAUGAGCGAAAACUGGACUACUUUGCAGUGGAAGUGUUAAAACGUAUCUCUUUAGUAAGUAAUGAAUGAAUAACUAUUAAUGUUCCUUUUUUUCUAUUCAUAACGAGAAUAUUUUUACGUGGGGAUAUUAAUAAUGUUUUUUAAGUGAUUUUUUUUCUUUUUUUCAGCAAGCAGGCAAUAAUAGCGUUUACGGAUCACAUAGCUUUUGAUUAAUAGCUUGUAAUGCUAAUUUUUUUUUUUCUCGUACAGUGGUUUACAAGUGCUUCCUAUUUCGGCUUUUUUUACGUAUGACGAUUUUCAUACAUAGCUACUAAUGUUUUGUACUUGAUUCUAUUGUAUUUAUUUAUUUAUUUUUUUUUUUAACAGUAGAUUUUACGUCUCAAAAACAAAAAAAAAUAUACAUAAAAAAAUUUCUACCUGUUCCUCCAUAAAUACUCAAUUUUUUUUUUGUAUUCUUCCCAAAACACUCAAUUUUUUCCGUACUCAAAAAACAAAAAAUAAAAUCUUUACGCAUUCUUCUCCCAAAACACUCAAUUUUUUACGUAUUCUCAAAAAAAUAUGUAUUCUUCCCAAAAACACUCAAUUUUUAUGUAUUCUAAAAAAAAAACAUUAAAAUAAUCUGUAUUUAACCUCAUUUAGGCCUUAAAACUAGCCCAACACCCAAAAAACAGCCCAAUAUACAGAAACACUAAUAAUCAAAAUAGCCCAAUGUACUCCAAAACAGCCCAAUGUACCCAGAAACACUAAUAUAGCCCAAUGUACUUCCAAAUAGCCCAAUACAACCAAAACAAUAGCCCAAUAUACCGAAAAUAAUAGCCCAACUUGUUUACAUGAAAGUUGCUUGAGAGAGAGAGAGAGAGAGAGAGAGAGAGAGAGAGAGAGAGAGAGAGAGAGAGAGAGAGAGAGAGAGAGAGAGAGAGAGAGAGAGAGAGAGAGAGAGAGAGAGAGAGAGAGCUGUUUUAUACUCUGCUCUUUGUAUUUUUUGAUUUAGUUUAGUGAGUUUUUUUCUUUUGUCCUUUUUUUGUAUAUUGUUUACUGUAGAAUGGAGAAAAGUUAAUAAAAAUGAAAUAAAAUGGC